GGAAGUUCUCUUCUCUGUUGAUGGUGCCACUACCAUGAUCUCGGCUCCCCCGUCCUCUCCGGUUCCACUGAAGGGAAUGUGCAGACAUUUGAACACGUUCUUCUUCUGGGGCGUUUUUUCUUCUGUUACAUUUCAAAAAGCUGUACUGAACUGUAAUACCAUGAAAAAAAAUGGAUUUUCUUCUCCACAUUUGAACUCAAAUACGAGUGUGGUCGUAUUGGGUCAAAAUGCGUCUCUGCUUUGCUCCCACAAGAAUGAGUCACUGGAGAUCAAAUAUUUAUUGUUUUUGAAUAAGAAAUUGCUGGGCAACCAGACAGGAAAAGGGGAAGCCGUGACUUUUAACGUGACCAUCUCCACAGCCGAGGAUUUGGGCACCUACAAAUGCAAAGCCGUGCUCCUCAACUGUUCCACCUACAGUAACCCAUUCAACUUCACCGUCAGUGAGGGAGACCGCUGUCCUAUCUGCCCAGUGCUGCCUCUGCUGCUUCUGGGGUUACUGCUGGUGCUCCUGGCCAUAAUCCUGGUUCCGGUUUUUUGGCUCCAACGAAAAUACAAAGCAAAAAAGGCUAUGAGAGAGAACGUGCCCAAGGACCCUGGAGACAUAGCCAUGGAAGGUGAAUUGUAUGUCAACAUCUGUGAAACCCUAGCAGGGACAGAACACACCCAGGAGAUCCACUACGCCACCCCAGAGUUUGGGGAGGUGGCACCAGGGAAGCCAGAAGCCUGUUAUGAUUAUGUAACUGAUUCUGCCUAUUCUGAACUCGCCUUCUGAAAUUCAAAGAAACUGACUACAUCUCAGUGUAAGACACUGUUUAGGAAAGCUGAUUUAAGUGAAGAAAAAGUAGACUCAUUUGGCAUUUUGAAAGGUCCAACCUGGUCACCUAAAGUGAAUCUCUGGUUUUCAUGGCUGAGCGCUAUUCCUUUGAGCUUCUUGGGUGAAUCCAGUGUCGUCGUCAGCAGUGAUCAGGUGGACUCCCUGGUAAGGCUGGAGAGCUCUGCUCUUUGUAGGCAUGGACCAUCCUCCUGAUUUCCUCAUCAUUUUCAUUUUUAUUUUUCCCAUUGUUUUUAAAAGAACAAGUCUUAGGCUGCGAUGUUCUUCACAGUGUGUCCUGGAAGCAUUAUGAUGACCAGCAUUCACGUUUCCCUGUCCCUGUGCCCACUGAGGGUUCUAAAGCAAAAACACAAAGCAAAAUCCAGAAAGGUGACCUUGAAAGUGGAUCAAUUGGGGCAGGGAAGAGGAAGAAAAAGAAAAGAAGAAGAAGAAGAAAGAAGACAGAGGUCACUAGAUAAUCCAAGAUGAUCUCAUUUCAAGAUCCUUAAUGUAGCUGGCACGGUGGCGCCCACACGGCACCUGGGGAGGCUGAGACAGGAGGAUUGCAAGUUCAAAGCCAGCCUUAGCAACAUAGUGAGACUCUGUCUCAAAAAAAAAAAAAAAGUACUGGGACGUAGUUCAGUGGUUAAGUGCCCCUGGGUUCAAUCUCUGGUACACCCCCACCUCCCCACCGCCCCCAUACACCCUCAUGCAAAAAAAAAAUCCUUAAUUUAAUUAUAUCUACAAAGACCCUUUUCCCAAAUAAAGUCCUGUUCCCAAGUUGCAGGAGUUAGGACACAGACAUGUUCUUGGGCUGCUACCAAAACAUCAUGGAGGACAAAGUGAUUUCUAGCCUGAGUGUCGUCUUCUGGGAAUUUGAAGUCAAGUAAAAUAAAAGUUAACUGAUAUGUCUAGGGUCCCAGACAAACAGAACAACUUG